AUGCCUAAUUUCAAAAGUACUGCUCCUAAAGCUAAAUUUGCCAUUUAUAAUAAUUCAAAUCCAGAUUCGGAAUCUGGGUUUGUCGAGUUCCAAGGCUAUUCCUUCGGUGCUCCUGUCUCAUGCAGUGGUGAAGCCGUUUUCACCACUUCUUUAGUUGGCUAUCCGGAGUCGAUGACAGAUCCAUCCUAUAAGGGUCAAAUCCUCGUCUUUACGCAACCAUUAAUCGGUAACUACGGUGUGCCUAGUGGAGAAGAACGUGAUGACUUUAACCUAUUGAAGUACUUGGAAUCUCCUCACAUUCACGUCCGCGGUAUUGUUGUUGCUGAGUAUGCUUGGAGAUACUCUCACUGGACUGCUGUUGAAAGCUUGGCAACAUGGUGCCAAAGGGAAAACGUCACCGCCAUUGGUGGCAUUGAUACUCGUGCCGUUGUUCAAAUUUUGAGAGAACAAGGGUCAUCACCUUCUACAAUUACUGUGCAAGGUUCUUUUAUCCCUAAGCCAAUCAAACCAGAAACUGACUUGGUUAAGAUUGUCUCGACAAAGAAACCAUUCUUUGUGAAAGCAUUGUCCUCAGUGAAAACUCCAUUCAACGUUGCUUUGAUUGAUUGUGGUGUCAAGGAAAACAUUAUUAGAUGUUUAGUGGAAAGAGGUGCUAACGUUACUGUUUUCCCAUAUGACUACCCAAUCACAUCAGUAGCAAACCAGUUCGACGGUAUCUUCAUUUCUAAUGGUCCAGGUGAUCCUGUUCAAUGUAUGGAAUCUACUGUUCCAGAAUUGAAGAAAUUGUUAGAGACCAAUACCUUGCAAGAUUUGCCAAUCUUCGGUAUUUGUCUAGGUCAUCAAUUGUUAGCUUUGGCAUCUGGUGGUAAAACAAUUAAACUAGGUUAUGGUAAUAGAGCUCACAAUAUCCCAGCAUUGGACUUGACCACUGGUCAAUGUCACAUUACUUCACAAAAUCAUGGAUAUGCUGUUGAUGUUGACACUCUUCCAGAAUCUGGGUUCAAACCUUUCUUCCAAAACUUGAACGAUAAGUCCAAUGAAGGUAUGAUUCAUGUCUCAAGGCCAAUCUUCUCGACUCAAUUCCAUCCGGAAGCUAAGGGAGGCCCGAGAGAUUCUGCUGUACUUUUCGACAGAUACUUCGAUAACAUGUCCCAGUAUAGAGCCUUGAAGGGUCCAAAAGUCAAGCUAACCUUAAAUACUUCAUCAUUGGCGACUGAGAGAGUAUUCUAA